CCACGCCACACAUGCCCACCGCUUCCGCGGGGCCGCACCGCAUAUUCGCACGCGCACCGCUUCCAGAACCUUCCAUCCCCAAAGCGGCCACUGCUACCGGCUACUCCCCAGUCCCCACCCCGCCCCGCCACCUACCUACCAGGCUACCACCCUCCCUCCUCCGCCGCCGCUGCCUUCCUGCGCGGCGCACCCAUCGCCCUCGCCGGUCAGAUUCCGUCCGCGGCGCGCGGAGAUCUCGCCGGGGUCACGGUGAUCACGCCCGCGCCGUGCCUCUCCGCGUCUCUCUUCCCUGCUUCCGCCGCCUCCAGCGCCGCCGCUGCUAGCUGCUAGCUGCUAGGCGUGCCUCGUCACGGGACUAGGCCGCCCAUUCCUCCCCGCCCUUUUGUCACGCGCAAGCCGUGCCCACUUGCGCCAGCCACAUCAAGGCUUGCACGGGGCAAAAAAAACCCUGUCACAAGGCGCGGUCCUCGAUCGGCGGUGGGCUCUGCCGCUGCCAUGAGCCACCGGAUGAUGAUGAGCCCGGUGAAGGUGGAGGGCCGCCGCUGCCCCGACCCCGACCCGGCGGCGGCCGCAGGCGGAGGGGCGCCGAGGCCGAUGGACGGGCUGGGCGACGCCGGGCCCACGCCGUUCCUCGCCAAGACCUACGACAUGGUCGACGACCCCGCCACCGACGCCGUCGUCUCCUGGACCGCCACCAGCAACAGCUUCGUCGUCUGGGACCCGCACCUCCUCGCCACCCUGCUGCUGCCGAGGUACUUCAAGCACGGCAACUUCUCCAGCUUCGUACGACAGCUCAACACCUACGGCUUCAGAAAGGUAGACCCUGACAGGUGGGAAUUUGCAAAUGAGGGGUUCUUGCGAGGGCAGAGGCACCUUCUCAGAAAUAUUAAGCGCCGAAAACCUACACACGGGUCUCAGAAUCAGCAUUCUCUUGGCUCCUACCUUGAGGUGGGGAACUUUGGACAUGACGUGGAGAUAGAUCAGCUGAAAAGGGACAAGCAGCUCUUGAUGGCUGAAGUGGUGAAGCUCAGGCAGGAGCAACAGAACACAAGGUCAGGUCUGCAAGCCAUGGAAAAGAGGCUGCAAGGAACCGAGCAGAAGCAACAGCAGAUGAUGUCGUUCUUGGCGCGAGUCAUGCAGAAUCCCGUGUUCAUACGCCAGCUGAUCUCUCAGAGUGAGAUGAGGAAGGAGCUCGAAGAUGCCAUGUCAAAUAAAAGGCGGCGCCGCAUCGACCAGGGACCUGAAGCUGUCGAUAGCAUGGGCAAUGGCUCUACUCUGGAGCAAGGGUCACAAGUAAUGUUUGAGCAGCAAGAGCCAGUGGACUCGCUCGUGAACGGUGUCAUAUCCGAUCUUGAAAGCUCGUCCGUCGAUACAAAGGGGGCUGAGGUGCAGCAGAGUGUCGCUUCCAGCCGUUCGGAGCAACUGAGAGGCAGGCCCAGUGGAGAGCUAAAUGAUGAUUUCUGGGAGGACCUACUGCAUGAAGGGGGGCUCGGCGAGGAGGCCAGCAACCUUGUGGUUCCAGAUGACAUGAACUUGUUGGCUCAGAAGAUGGACUAGCUCCACUUGAAGAACACAAAAUCUGGACAGUAGCCCAUCGCCGAGCAGCCCCGAGAAUCCUUACCAGCAAGCCUGUUGUUAUAUAUAUGUGUAUAUAUAUGCCCAUGUCGGCCAUGAUCAGUCAGUCGAGUAGAUCACUGCCGCCUUUGGUGAUGAUGCUACCAUAUUAUCUUGGUGUCGGUCUUAUUUUCGUCAUUGCCGUGUUUAGUUCAGCUUUCGGGAGGAUUCUAUUUGGUAUCAGUUAUUUCUGCUAGCUACUGUCGGUCUAACGAACUGCAGUGUUUCUGCUAGCUCGUGUAUUGGCAUUGUCAGUAUCAGUAUGAGAAAUAAAUAGAAGAGUACCCAGUAUAUAGCACCUGUAUCUGCAGUGAUUGUAUCUGGAUGAUUUCGAUGUACCGUAUCCUGUUGUGUCUAUGUAUAAUGUACCCCUUAUUACCAUGUAUUUUAGGCAACUGUACUUGUUUGCUUACUUU